AACCCUCCCACAAGCACAUAUUUAUAUAUCCAAAGCUACAAGCCAUUUAGCUUCCUCCCCCCAUCACAGAUCAAAACCCAAAUACCGAAUAUAAGAUGGACUCCACAAAACUAAUCUAAAACAUCAGAUACACAUAUAAUCAGAGAGUCACUAUCAACCCCCCCACCCUAACAAUUCCUCCUCGGUGCUGUACAAAACCAUUCAAGACUCGGGUAUAUACAUACAUACUAUGAUUACUGAUUCAAGGGCUUUGUGGAACACCCCUCCUGCCUCGCCGAUUGCCUCCUCCCCCGCUGGUGUUAUUACCCUUCUCUCUGGAACAAAGUUGUGAUAUAGAAAGUGGAUUGGCUUCGGUUGAGUGUGCAACUGAAUACUGAUAGAUGGCUGGACAUAAAUAAAUGUAAAUCUGUUGAGGGGUCUUCAUAAUUACUCGAAGACUAUUCGCUUCGGACGAGAGAUUCCCUGAGGUUUUAUUUGCCGGACUAUUUGUUCUUCUCCUCCAGGAAGCUCAGAUUCCUUUAUUCUUAUCAAAGUUGAAUACUUUUGUUCUCUUCCCUUGAUAAAUCUGCGAUUAAUGCUUGCGAGACCAAAGUUUGUAUGGGAUGUGAGCAGAAGAUCAUGGCCUUUGCAUAGGAUAGAGUGCUACGCAAUUUUCAAAUCUGGAUUUUGCAGUUUUGAAGGAGACGAUGGCGUUUGCCCAGAAAACAGUGGAUCUGAUUCCGAGAACGAAUGGGAGAAGCUGCUUAAGCCAUUCGAUCUCGACUCUCUUAGGAGAUCGUUUCAUAAGAUCACGCCUUUUGAGCUCUGUAAGUUACUGGAGUUUCCUCUCGAUAUUUCUACAUCAAUGGAGUUGUUCGAGUGGACGGGUUCUCAGAAGGGUUACCGCCACUCCUUCGAUGUGUACUGCGUUCUUAUCGAUAAACUUGGAGCCGCUGGUGAGUUUAAGACUAUAGAUAGGUUGUUGAUGCAGAUGAAAGAAGAAGGGGUCGUUUUUCGAGAGUCCGUAUUCAUCUCCAUAAUGAGACACUACGGAAGAGCUGGUUUCCCAGGACACACUACGAGAGGCGUUUCUCCCACUGUUUUCACGUUUGCGGUGAUGAUGAAAGCUUUUUGUGCAAUCGGCGAAGUUGAUUCUGCUCUGUCACUCCUCAGAGACAUGCCCAAGCAUGGUUGUGCCCCAAAUUCCAUAAUCUAUCAGACUCUCAUUCAUUCUCUGUCGAAGGGCAAUAGAGUGAAUGAAGCGCUUAAACUUCUUGAGGAUAUGUUUGUAAUGGGCUGUAACCCUGACACUGAGACGUUUAAUGAUGUCAUCCAUGGUCUAUGUAAGCUUGAUCGGAUCCAUGAGGCAGAGAAAUUGGUUAACCGCAUGCGGGUCAAAGGAUUUACUCCCAAUAGUUUAACUUACGGCUUUUUGAUGAAUGGACUGUGUAAAACGGGCCGAGUUGAUGAUGCAAAGAUGCUUCUUUCCGGAAUUCCUGAACCAAAUGUUGUGCUCUUCAACACCUUGAUUCAUGGCUAUGUGACAAGCGGGAGGCUAGACAAAGCUAAAUCUGUUUUAUCAGAUAUGAAUGCUUCUCGUGGGUACGUUCCUGAUCUCGUCACAUAUAACACAUUGAUUCAGGGCUUUUGCAAGGAGGGUCGUGUGGGUUUAGCUCUCCAAGUGCUUCACGAAAUGAGGAACACCGGUUGUCGGCCGAGUGUUGUGUCUUAUACUACUCUUUUUAAUGGGUUGCACAAGUUGGGUCAGAUAGAGGAAGCCUACAAUAUUCUGGAUGAGAUGUCCACAGAGGGCCUGAGAUUGAACACCGCAGGUUUCAACUGUUUGAUAUCUGCCCGAUGCAAGGAGGGAAGAAUCCGCAUAGCCGAGGAGAUUUUGACUGAGAUGCGGAGUAAAGGGUGCAAACCCGACAUUUUUACAUUCAAUUCUCUUAUAUCUGGAUUAUGCAAGGAUGAAAACAUCGAAGAUGCCUUGCGCGUAUACAGGAAUAUGCUAUCAGAGGGUGUUGUUGCCAAUACCAUGACAUACAAUAUACUGAUCCGAGCAUAUCUCAGAAGAGGUGAAAUAAAAGAAGCUCAGAAGCUCGUGUAUGAGAUGAAUUUAAGGGGAUGCAUGCUGGAUGAUAUAACGUACAACAGUCUGAUAAAAGAAUUCUGCAGGGCGGGGGCUGUGAAUAAAGCGUGUGGCUUGUUUGAAGAGAUGAUGGGGAAGAAGCUGGUUCCGAGCAGCAUCACGUGUAACAUACUGAUAAACGGGUUGUGCCAAAGGGGGAAGAUAAAAGAGGCGGAAGAGGUUCUGAGGGAGAUGAUAAGGAGGGGGUUGACACCAGAUAUCACCACAUUUAACACAAUGAUAAAUGGAUUAUGCAGGGGAAGGAGGAUAAGAGAGGGUCUGAAAAUGUUUGAGCAACUCCAGGUUGAAGGGAGAAUGACACCAGACACUGUAACCUACAACACAUUGAUGAGUUGGCUGUGCAAAGAAAGUGAAGUUGAUGAAGCUUGUUCCCUUCUAAGCAGAGGUGUGGAGAAUGGUUUUAUUCCAAACCAUAUAACUUGGUCCAUAUUGCUCAGGUUUGUUCUUCUUUGAAGGAGUUAGGGUUCCUGGGAUCUAUACAACAUAUAUCAAUGGGAUGAGCUGCAUUUGUCUUUUGGGCUUGCUUGAAAUAUAUAAUAGACUUUGGAUCUGUAGGUUUUAGUUUUGUCCUCUUAAGCGCUUGUUAAGGGCCUCA